CAAAAGCGACGUCUCCUCGUCUCUCCUCUACAACCGUCUUGAAUUCCUUCAGUGCCCGCAGAUUAACACCGUCGUUGUAUUCUUCCCCACCGGUGAAAACUCUGACCAAGUUGGGUUCUUGCAGUUGGUGUUAAAAGGUUCGACCUUUGAUGUCAAAGUGGAUGAAAACGGAGGGGUUUUCGCUUCCAGGCGGUGGUUUAGUUAUCGGAUUUCGAGGAUUUCGGUGAACCCGAUUCCUGGGUUUUCGAGUUUAAGAGGAUCAUAAUGAAAACAGCCACAGCUACCCAGACAAAUCGUUUUAUACAGUAAGGCGCAAAAUGUUUGGUAUUUCGUACGGAGAACUCUUCCUCUUGAUCGGAGCUACAGCUGCUCUAGUCGGACCAAAGGAUUUGCCUAGAAUUGCUAGAACAGCAGGGAGGUUAGCAGGUCGGUCAAUUGGGUAUGUUCAGUUAGCUAGAGGCCAAUUCGAUAAUGUUAUGCAGCAGUCUCAAGCCCGCCAGGUUCAUAAAGAACUUCAAGAUGCAUUCGCACAACUAGAGUCGAUUCGUUAUGAAGUCCGGAGUAUAUCACUUAUGAAUCCUGGUCCUAUGGCUCGAAGGCUGAUGGAUAAUCCUCAAGAUCCGGCUUCUCUGAGUGAUGGGGCCAACAGUUCACUUGAGAAGCCUAAGGAGAAGCUGAAGUCAAGAAAUACUGUGGAGAAGGAUGAUACUUUCAGAACCUCAGACUCACUUAAUUUGCAUAGUCAAGCAACUGCGUAUGCAAAGUUGGCUGAAUCUGAUGCUGUGAAGACUGGCUCUUUGAAGAGCAGUGCAGGGCAAGAAAACCUUAAAGAUGAAAGUGGUCUUUUUAUUGUCCUCCCAAUUUCAGCUGAAAGCACUGGGAUGCUACCAAAUCGCAAAGAGAAUGUUAAGGGAUCAGACAUUGUGUUGGAAGCAAUAGUUGAAGCAGAGGUAGCACGUAAUGCCAAAGAUUUCUUUUCACAGCCUGAAAAUCAAAUACAGUGAACUGAAAAGGUGGUGUUUGAUUCAAAGGAAUUAACUGCAAUGGAAUGCAAUCAUUGCUAUUGAAAGCUCCAUUACAAUGUUCGUUUUGGCAAUAUGACUCUUGAAAGCCCAUUCCUAUAACUGUUGGUGGACCAUUUCCAAAAUAAAAUGGGUGGAAAGCCCGUUCGAACAUGACGCCCAUUGGAUGCCAACACCUCAAGCUCCCUUCCAUGGUUUUCACUUCUCGGUCUCUCACCUCAAGCUCAACCGGUUCACUUUCAUGGGUUCCCAUUUGUAUUUUGAAGACCAGAUCAACAGGAUUCUUUCACCAACAGACUCUGAAACCAGUCUACAGAAUGAUAUUAGUUUCUAGAUUUUAGUCUAUAAUUCUUGUUCUGUUGCAGAUAAGUCUUUGAUCAAGCAUAUAUAAUAUAUAUCAUCCCUGUAAAGAACACCAAUAUCAUAUUGAGUUAUUAAUGCAAUCUACAAAUUUGCCA